AUGCAGAUUUUCGUGAAGACACUCACGGGCAAGACCAUCACCCUCGAGGUGGAGUCUUCGGACACCAUCGAGUCUGUGAAGACGAAGAUCCAGGACAAGGAGGGAAUCCCUCCGGACCAGCAGCGCCUGAUCUUCGCCGGCAAGCAGCUCGAGGAUGGUCGCACUCUGGCGGACUACAACAUCCAGAAGGAGUCCACGCUCCACCUGGUGCUGCGUCUGCGCGGUGGUGGCAAGAAGAGGAAGAAGAAGGUCUACACCAAGCCGAAGAAGAUCAAGCACAAGCACAAGAAGGUCAAGCUCAGGGUGCUGAAGUUCUACAAGGUGGACGACUCCGGCAAGGUGCAGAAGCUGCGCAAGGAGUGCCCCGAGUGCGGCCCCGGCAUCUUCAUGGCGACGCACCGCGACCGCGUGUACUGCGGCAAGUGCUACUCGGCGUUCACGACCGAGGUCUCCAAGGGCAAGAAGUGA